AUGACGGUCGAUAUUCUCCCCCUCGAGCUGAAUUUUUCUCGCCCUUUUACCGUCGAGGUCUCGCGGACUCUUACCAUACGAAAUACGAGCACCUCGCCGCUGGCUUUCAAAGUCAAAACCACCGCCCCUAAACAGUACUGCGUUCGACCCAAUGCCGGCCGUAUCGAGCCCGGAAAUGCCUUCGACGUUACAGUGCUCCUCCAGGCCAUGAAGCAGGACCCGCCCCUAGAUGCCAAAUGUCGCGAUAAAUUUCUCGUCCAGUGCGCGCCAAUCCCCUCCGACAAGGACUUUUCCACCAUUGCAUCUGUCCUAGAGUCCGCAGACAAGGCCACACUCGCCGAACGCAAGAUUCGUGUCAACUGGCUUGCCGCCAACAGCGAGGAUGCUCAGGGACUUGCUGCACCUGCUUUCUCGACUCCCAGCAAGCCUUCAGCCGUGAAUGGGGCGACUGAAACUCCUGAUGCUCCUCGGACAUUCUCCUCACCCGGCGGCAACGCCAACUCAACACCCCUCUCCGCUCCACCUCCAUACGCCUCCGACGAUGCUGCCGAAGAGGCCGACGACAAGCCCGAGCGCCCCAAGUCUGCUGUAUCGCACGCCGCCGCGUCUGUUUCCGAGGCGGCGCAAGUGUCGUACGAGGAGCUUAAGAGCAAACUUGCCCAGGCAGAGGCGCAGCUACUGAAUCUGAAGGACAGCGGUCUUCGUCAGCGAAGCGUAAAGAGCGCGUCCAGCGAAGAGAAGCGGCCCGCCGCGAACACUGCACAGGUGGUUAAGCAGCAACCUGACGGCGUUCCCGUGCAGAUUGUUGCCCUGCUGUGUCUGCUGAGUUUCCUCCUGGCCUACUUUUUCUUCUAG